AACUUAACUCGUUACUUAUUCCUCUUUGUUUAUAAAUAUAAACUCGAAAUUUCCUGUCAAAUGUAACUUGAUUAUUAAUAUAUUUUAUUAAUUGGGAUUCUAAAGAGUAAAUCCUAUGAAUAUAUCGAUUUGCCUGAUAGUAAUAAUCGCAAAUUCGAAUUAUGGGGAAUUUGAUGGUUCAUAAUUUUAUUAAAGCUGGUUUAUCAACGAAACGUAAAGCUUCAAUUUUUGAUUCUGAGAAUGACUAUAAUGAGACUUCUGAUCCUGAUUUAUAUGAGUCGAAUUCAAAAGAAUGUGUACAAAGGAAAAAGGAAGCCAAAACAUCUAAGUAUAUUUACAAAACAUUAUUUGAAGAACAGCAGGGGAGUGAUGUAACUAUAACAGCAUUUGGACGAACAUGGAACUUACAUAAAUUAUACAUAUCUCAGUCUCCGUAUUUCUACACAAUGUUUAACGGUGACUGGUUGGAGACGCAAAAGAAAGAAAUUGAACUUAUAAUUGACGAUGACAAUGUUACUGCAGAAGCUUUAAACAAAGUGUUCAGCUCUUUCUAUCAAGAUGAAAUUGAAAUAGAUCCCAUAGAAUCAGUUUCCAUAAUAGGAGCUGCAUCUCUUUUACAAAUGGACCACCUUUGUCAGCAGUGUGUUCAGGUUAUGAAGCGCAAUGUAAACAUUAAUUCUGUCAUAUCAUACUUUGAGAAUGCUGAGUUUUAUUCUCUGAAGACAUUAAAAGAGCUCUCAUUUGAUUGGUUGCUGCAAAACUUAUUAUAUAAAGUUCAUCAAUCCCCUUCUCAUUUACGUCAAAUAAGCUGUGAUUUGAUGACUAGCCUUAUUAAAUCGCCUGAUCUCAUUGUGAUACAAACAGAAUUUUCCAUAUACCUUUUACUCAAGCAGUGGAUCUUUCUAAAGGAAAGUGAUAGUGUGCUAACUGAAGGGAUAGAAAUUGAUAAACUCGCUGAUGACUAUUUUAAAAACUCCCAUACAAUGCCAUUUCUUAUGACUGAAAAGGGAGAAAAAUAUAAAGAGGCCUUCUUUGCUCUGAGGUUGAGAAAUUUAAUCAGUCACUCACUGGAUUUGACUAUAAUUGAGCGUGACAAUAUAAUACCUGGUGAUUGGCUUGCCCCAAUUUUCAGGCAGCAGUGGCAGCAUAUGUUGAAGAUUGAGGAAGGGAGUGACAUAGGCCCAAUUGGAAUUAAUGAAGAAAUUUUCAAUCAGUAUUGUUCCAGAAUGGGAAGAGUUAUUAAGCAUGAUAGAGAGACGAAUUGGAGGUGGACUGGAUUUAAUUAUGGAUUGGAUCUUGUUGUAAACUAUAGUAGAGGAACCGUUUCAUUAUCCAGAGUGCAGGAGGCUUCAAACUUAAGGCACAAUUAUGAAUAUCGAACACUAAUAGAACUCAUGUAUAAAGACAAAAAACGACACAUUAUGUAUAGUAUUGGUGUUUAUUCUCUUGACAAGAAUGGUAAAGUUUACCGCAAACAAAAAACUGGACUUAAAAGUGUUAUGUUGGAAUUUGGAAAACAAAAAUCUGUUAUGACUUUUGAGUGUGACAUGAAGUUUCCCAUCUUGUUCAGUGCCAACUUCCUAGUUACCACUCCGCCAGAUAUAGCCAAUGAAAAUAAACUUCAGGGAACAACAUCCUCAGUGCAAUAAUUCCU